AUGCUAUUCAACCUUCUACUACCAUUUUUAUUGAUAAUUGCUGCUGAGAAUAUCUCUCCAAAUGAACCCCUGAGAAGUUGGUAUCCUUAUCGCCAAAAGUCACCUAAACAGCGUCGAGAGUCCACAUCGGUUGGAAUCCAUAGGGAUUCUGGAAAUGGACUUGAGCUUCCAGCAUGUCCAGUGGACUGUCGGUGCUUUGCAAAAGCGGUUCGGUGUUCGGGUCAAAGCUUAACGGAUAUCCCCAAAAAUCUUCCAUUGGAUACGGAAAGAUUAAUUCCUUCUGAUGGCGAGUAA